AUGACCCAAUUAUUCGGUUCAUCGUCGGGCCACAAUGAGCGGAAGACUCCCUCAUCGCCUGGCUCAAGCGGCGGCCGCUUCGGCUCAUCUUCAUCCUCUUCUUCCUCUCAUUUCCCUACAAAACUCAAGAAUUUCUUCCGAAUAAAUAGUCUUGGUAGUAACAGUAACGCGUCGUCCAGUGGUGAGCUCCAUACCUCUAAUCUCGGCAGCUCGCUCCGCCCUAAAUCCCGUUUCCUAAGAGGCCGAUCUACUUCAUCGGCCAGCCAGCUGGAUCAUGCUGAAAUCUCGCCCACAGCGAACGCGAAUCCGUACUUUGCCCACCAGGGCCCUCCGGCGCUCAGACAUCAUAAUGAAGGGAGUGCCCCUCCAUCCCCCCCGGAAACGCCCGAAUUGUCGUUGUCUCCGCCGGGUAUCAGCAUCGGUGUAUCGGGUGCAAAUGACCAGCAGCUACAGGCGAACAAGGAGGAGCUGGCACGAAAGUUGAGUAGUAAGGGGAAUCGGCCGGAUUCUGCGACAGAGGAAGGGGGAAAGCCGCCGUCGCUGAACUACUCGCCCGCCGCGUCAUCACCACUCAGUAAUGGAUCGGGGGAGCUGAGGAGUACGUCGACAUCGAACUUACUUGUGCCAGGGGCUGGCGAGGCGAUACCGGAGCGGCUUAGGAAUGGACAAUUCAGGAGGACGUAUAGCUCGAACUCAAUCAAAGUAAGGAAUGUGGAAGUUGGGCCGGGGAGCUUCGAUAAGAUCAAGUUGUUGGGUAAGGGUGACGUUGGGAAGGUAUAUUUGGUACGGGAGAAGAAGAGUAAUAGGCUGUAUGCCAUGAAGGUAUUGAGUAAAAAGGAAAUGAUCAAGAGGAAUAAGAUCAAAAGGGCAUUGGCCGAACAGGAGAUUCUGGCUACCAGUAAUCAUCCGUUCAUUGUCACCCUUUACCAUUCUUUCCAAUCGGAGGAUCAUCUCUACCUGUGCAUGGAGUACUGCAGUGGUGGCGAAUUCUUCAGAGCUUUGCAAACGCGGCCUGGAAAAUGUAUCCUCGAGGACGAUGCGCGGUUUUAUGCUGCGGAAGUUACCGCAGCUUUAGAGUACCUGCAUCUGAUGGGUUUCAUUUACAGAGACCUCAAGCCGGAAAAUAUUCUGUUGCAUCAGUCUGGACAUAUCAUGUUGUCAGACUUUGAUUUGUCAAAACAGUCAGAGCCUGGUGGUGUGCCAACCAUGAUUGUCGCUAGGGGAGGAGCCUCUCAAAACUCACUCCCUGCGAUCGAUACAAAAUCCUGCAUUGCUAAUUUCCGAACAAAUUCGUUUGUUGGAACUGAGGAGUACAUCGCGCCAGAGGUAAUAAAGGGUAAUGGACAUACUAGUGCUGUGGAUUGGUGGACUCUCGGUAUAUUGGUAUACGAGAUGUUGUAUGGAACUACCCCAUUCAAAGGAAAAAACCGAAAUGGGACUUUUGCAAAUAUCCUCAGGGAUGAAGUUGGUUUCCCGGAGCACCCAGGCUCGCCCUCAAUAACAAAUAACUGCAAGUCUUUAAUACGCAAAUUACUUGUAAAGGACGAAAACCGCCGAUUGGGUUCUCGUGCCGGUGCAUCAGAUGUCAAAGGACAUGCUUUCUUCAGGUCAACACAGUGGGCUCUAUUGCGUCAUAUGAGGCCCCCAAUGGUCCCAAACCAAGGGAAGGGCAUUGAUGCAGUGAACUUCCGCAGUGUGAAAGAGAGUGAAAGUGUUGAUAUUGGCGCCGCCAGGGUGCGUGGAGUACCGCUCUCAAGCGAUCUUGAAACACCCGGCGAGAAGGACUUCGAUCCUUUUGAGGAGUUCAAUUCUGUCACUUUACAUCAUGAUGGUGAUCACGACCAUCAACAACACCAUGAAGAAUUAAAUGAGGAUGCUGUACAAAUGAGAUAG